AUGGUGGGAGAGGACAGUAGGAAAGGAAGGGAUGUGAGAGAGGGGGAGGAAGGGUGGGAGGGAGAGAGGACAGGGGGAAAGGGAGAGAACGACAGGGGGAAAGGGAGAGGCGGACAGGGAGAAAUGGAGAGGAGGACAGGGGGAAAGGGAGAGGAGGACAGGGGGAAAGGGAGAGGAGGACAGGGGGAAAUAGAGAGGAGGACAGGGGGAAAGGGAGAGGACAGGGGGAAAGGGAGAGGAGGACAGGGGGAAAGGGAGAGGAGGACAGGGGGAAAGGGAGAGGAGGACAGGGGGAAAGGGAGAGGAGGACAGGGGGAAAGGGAGAGAAGGACAGGGGGAAAUAGAGAGGAGGACAGGGGGAAAGGGAGAGGAGGACAGGGGGAAAGGGAGAGGAGGACAGGGGGAAAGGGAGAGGAGGACAGGGGGAAAGGGAGAGGAGGACAGGGGGAAAGGGAGAGGAGGACAGGGGGAAAGGGAGAGGAGGACAGGGGGAAAGGGAGAGGAGGACAGGGGGAAAGGGAGAGAAGGACAGGGGGAAAUAGAGAGGAGGACAGGGGGAAAGGGAGAGGAGGACAAGGGGAAAGGGAGAGGAGGACAGGGGGAAAGGGAGAGGCGGACAGGGGGAAAGGGAGAGGAAAACAGGGAGGGCACUGGCCAAGCGAAGGUGGGACGCGAGAUGCUUCGCCACCGUCGCACAGAUGCUUCGCUCCGCUGCUCGCUAUCGUCGCCCUGGUGCUCGCUAUCGUCGCCUUGGUGCUCGCUAUCGUCGCCCUGGUGCUCGCUAUCGUCGCCCUGCUGCUCGCUAUUGUCGCCCUGAUGCUCGCUAUCGUCGCCCUGGUGCUCGCUAUCGUCGCCCUGGUGCUCGCUAUCGUCCCCCCGCUGCUCGCUAUCGUCGCCCCGCUGCUCGCUAUCGUCGCCCCACCGCUCGCUAUCGUCGCCCCGCUGCUCAUAUGCGACCACCGAUAUCUAGCUAUCGUCGCCCCGCUGCUCGCCACCGUCGCACCCAUUCCUGCCUGUCGCUGCCGUUGCGCCUUUGCUACCGCAGAUACAUGA